UACCGAGCAGGUCGUUAUCAUGACAACGACAGCGCAGAAAUCUUACCACGCGUAUAACGUCUGAAUGCGGAACGCUUUACGUUUAUUUCAUUCAUGGAGACUAGCGCGAGCUCGUAUCUUAUUAGACCGAAUUAUAAACACAAGUUUAAGGCAGGGGUGGCAAAAGAGUAUAUGAGGGAAAUCCUCAGAGAAGAGCUUUCUGGAAUUCUGUAUAACCCAGAGGAGAUCCCCACACUGUCCAGAUCUUUAGCAGACUCUAUUAAAAACAAACUGAAAGAUGUUGGUUUUGAAAGAUACAAGCUCAUCGUGCAGGUGGUUAUUGGAGAGCAGCGAGGAGAGGGAGUCAAGAUGGCUGCACGCUGUUUUUGGGAUGCAGACACGGACAGCUACGCUCAAGAGAUGUAUAUGAAUGACAGCUUGUUCUGUGUAGCAGCUGCUUUUGGUGUCUACUAUUACUGAUGGAACAGAAGACUCAGAUCUCCAAAUAUAUUAUUUUAUUUAUUUUCAUGUAACUUACUAUUAUUUCAGUUAUGUUCAUGUUUACGUCUAUGUCUAGACGUUUGUCAUUUUUUUUAAAUAUAAAUAUUUGUAUUAUCAUUUUGUGUUUGGCAUUUGUACAGGAUACACUUUUAUUGUACUUUUGGAUGGUUUCUACAGUAGAGGUUGGUUUCUUAAGAGCGCCUUCAUGUUUCUAUAGAUACAUAUACUCACUAACUAUAUGUGGAUUCACAUAAAACCUGACAUUUUGUGGAUGUGUGAAAAAUAACUAAAGUGCCUUAAGUGUGAACAGCAGGGUGGAUUAACUUUCGAUAUUAUGUUUUUUACAUUCUCAUUUAUACUGGGGGCGUGUGAUGGUUUCACAUUGUUGCAAGUCUUUUCCUGUUUACAAAAAGAUUUUAAGAAAAUAUAAUAAAGUUUUAAGCUUCAUAA